AUGGCGGAUAGCACAAUGCAGUCAACAAUGAUACAACACAGUGGAAGAUGGGACGCAUCAGGUCGAUAUGUAGAAUUCAAAAUUGAAGGAAUCCAGUACGAUUCAAAUUCGAACUAUAAUGGAUUGAUUUCUACAAUUGCUGCUCAACUGGGGAUAGAUACCACAGUCCAAACCAUAAUGAUUAAAUACAUUGCUAGUGACCGAUGCCCACCAAUGAUCAUACACAACGACAUGGGUGUUUGGAUUGAUAUGGCUUCAAGUGAACAUAUUGAGUUGUUGGAUAGUUGUGAAACUGAAAUAAUAAGUGACCCUCGACAUGAAUUUGUUGUGGAAAAACAGAUUUACAAGGAUAAAGAAACACUCAAUGCAGUUAUGAGGCAAUAUGCCUUUAUGAAGCAAUUUCAAUUUCGGGUGAAAAGGUAUGGUACAAAAAGCUAUCAUCUCGUAUGCCCUGGUGACAAUUGUUCAUGGUGUUUAAAGGCCUCAAGUCUAAAUGAGUCAAGGCUUUUCAAGAUUAGGAAUUUUUGUGAUGUGCACACAUGCUUGUUAAAGGAUAGAAUUUAUGAACAACGUCAAGCAACUUCCAAUGUCGUCAGCAUUAUUAUAAUGGAUAAGUAUGAAGAUCCAAAAACAAUAUACACACCCAAGGAUAUAUCUAGGGACAUGAGGACACAACAUGGUGUAACAUUGACCUACAUGCAAGCUUAUAGAGCGAAGCAAAAGGCAAUGAUUAUGUUACGAGGGGAUCCCACCGACUCACCUAUAGUGGUGGUUGACGGAACCCAUCUUAAAUCAACUUACAAGGGUACUAUGCUAAUUGCUUGUACAUUGGAUCCAGGAGGUAGUAUACUGCAGCUUGCAUAUGGUAUAGUUGAUUCUGAAAAUGAUUCAUCUUGGAUAUGGUUCUUUGAGCGGUUCAGGGAUGCUUUUGGUGAGAGGGAGAACAUGUGCUUUGUGUCGGACAGGCAUAAAAGUAUAUGGAAUGCGAGUGCAGCAGUGUACCCUGGGCUGCCUCAUUAUGCCUGUAUUUGGCAUUUGUGGAACAAUUUAAUUAAGCAAUGCCACAGAAACAAAGAGCAGAUGAGGAAAUUAUACUAUGCAAUGGCUAAGGCAUACAUACUCCAAGAGUUUAAUGAAUUCAUGGGAAGGGUGACCAAAAUAGAUAGGAAGCUGAGGAGAUACUUAUUUGAAAUUGGUUAUCAUAAAUGGACACGGAUACAUGCAACAGUAAAAAGAACAUGGACACAGACUUCAAACAUAGCUGAAUCUAUAAACAAUGCUACAGUGAAUGCUAGGGAAUUGCCGGUGGCAAAAUUAUUGGAUUUCAUGAGGGAAUUGGUUGAAAGAUGGAAUGCAACGCACGAUAAAGAAGCAAAGAAUACAUUCACAUAUCUUACUAAAAAGUAUCAAGAAAUUAUCAACAAGAAUGGUGUAUUAUCACACCGUAUGACUGUACGAGCUUCCACUGAAUUUCUACAUACAGUGAUUGAUGGUGUUAGGAGGUUCACAAUGUGUCUUCGAGCUAGGAUGUGUACUUGUGGAAGAUUUCAACUGGAUGAGAUACCUUGCGGGCAUGCUAUGGCUGCUAUAGUGUAUAGGCACCAACAUGGAACGGAAUAUACCUCUGCCUACUAUAGCAAUAAGAAUUUCCUCGAUAAAUAUGCAAUACCAGUUGUGCCUCUUCCAUGUGAAAGUACAUGGGAUAUACCGAGGCAUGUAAAGGAAGAGAUUGUGUUGCCACCAGAUGGUAAAAGACCACCAGGAAGACCAGCUACCAAACGAAUGAAACCAUUCCACGAGGGGAAAUUUAAGAAAUCAACAGUGACAUGCAGCAGAUGUGGUACAGAAGGCCACAAUAAGAAGACCUGUAGCAAUAUUCCAAAGGGAAAUUAA